AUGCAUGGGCAGGGGGGAACGCAAUCGCGGCUCACCUCCGCCACUCACUCACCUCCGCCACUCACUCACCUCCGCCACUCACUCACCUCCGCCUCUCACUCACCUCCGCCUCUCACUCACCUCCGCCUCUCACUCACCUCCUCCACUCACUCACCUCCGCCACUCACUCACCUCCGCCACUCACUCACCUCCGCCACUCACUCACCUCCGCCACUCACUCACCUCCGCCUCUCACUCACCUCCGCCACUCACUCACCUCCGCCACUCACUCACCUCCGCCUCUCACUCACCUCCGCCUCUCACUCACCUCCGCCUCUCACUCACCUCCGCCUCUCACUCACCUCCGCCACUCACUCACCUCCGCCACUCACUCACCUCCGCCUCUCAAUCACCUCCGCCUCUCACUCACCUCCGCCUCUCACUCACCUCUGCCACUCACUCACCUCCACCUCUCACUCACCUCCGCCUCUUACUCACCUCCGCCUCUCACUCACCUCCGCCACUCACUCACCUCCGCCUCUCACUCACCUCCGCCUCUCACGCAUUUGUACUCCCUCCCACGACCUCCCCCAUUCAUUAUCCCUCCCUCAACCUCUCCCUCUCCGUCACCCUCCCUCGCUCUGCCCCAUUCAUUCACCCUCCCUCAACCUCCCCCUCUCCUUCACCCUCCCUUGCGCUCCCCCAUUCAUUCUCCCUCCCUCGACCUCCCCCUCUCAUUCUCCCUCCCUCGUGCUCCCCCAUUCAUUCACCCUCGCUUGUGCUCCCCCAUUCAUUCGCCCUCCCUCAACCUCCCCCUCUUCUUCACCCUCCCUUGCGCUCCCCCAUUCAUUGUCCCUCCCUCGACCUCCCCCUCUCAUUCUCCCUCCCUCGUGCUCCCCCAUUCAUUCACCCUCGCUUGUGUUCCCCCAUUCAUUCGCCCUCCCUCAACCUCCCCCCCUCCCUUCACCCUCCUGUCUCUAUCUCCACUCGUUUUCCCGGUUGGGAAGAGACGCCAGGGAGGCAGACGGAAGGAAAUGGGAGGACAAGGGGGGAGAGCAGAGCGGGGGCAGUGUGGAGCGGAAGAAGAAGCACAUCAAGAGUGGCAUUGCAGGGAAUGGAUGA